CAAGGGUGCUUAGCAGUUCUGAUUAUUUGAAAGUUGUAUUUUUUGUGGACAAUUUAACCUAUAACCUUGGUGAAUGUGGUGCCUAGAGGGAAGUAGAAAUGGCGUACAAGGUGGAUCAUGAGUACGAUUAUUUAUUUAAGAUUGUAUUGAUUGGAGAUUCAGGUGUCGGAAAAUCUAACAUUCUUUCCAGAUUUACGCGAAAUGAAUUCUGUUUGGAGUCUAAAUCCACCAUUGGCGUCGAAUUUGCAACUAGGACACUUCAGGUAGAAGGCAAGACAGUAAAGGCACAAAUAUGGGACACAGCAGGGCAAGAAAGGUAUAGAGCAAUAACAAGUGCUUAUUACAGAGGAGCCGUGGGAGCACUUUUAGUUUAUGAUAUAACAAAAAGACAAACUUUUGAAAACGUGCACCGAUGGCUUCGUGAGCUCAGGGACCAUGCUGACUCCAACAUUGUCAUAAUGAUGGCUGGAAACAAGUCGGAUUUGAACCAUCUUCGAGCUGUACCAGAGCAAGACGCAAGGCUCUUGGCCGAGAAAGAAGGCUUGUCAUUUCUUGAAACCUCUGCAUUGGAAGCUUUAAAUGUUGAGAGGGCGUUCCAGACGAUUUUGUUGGAUAUUUAUCAGAUAAUGAGCAGGAAAGCUUUAGCAGCUCAAGAGGCAGGUGCUAUUCCUGGUCAAGGAACUGUCAUUAAGGUUGGAGAGAAUUCUGGCAACUCCAACAAGAGACCAUGUUGUUCUAACUAAAAACUGGGAUUGUAUUAUUUAAGAGUAGAUUUAUAUGUGUAAGAGUUGAAUUGAGGAAUGACAUAUAGGAAUCUUAUGCUGCAUAAAAUUACUUGUAAUUAAACACAGGUAAACUUUUUGUAAUACUUUUUGACAUUCUGAAGUAUGAAAGAUU